AUAUUUUCUCAUCACAAUUUCGAUCAGUAGGCAGUCAUUUCGAGAACCUCUGUCGUGAUGGGCAUUAUCGGUAACGUGGGCAAUGGCUUGGUCAAGCUCUCCGUCAUGGCGUGGGACAAUGUUCUCGCUGUGGCGAACCUGGUGACUCCUAAGCUCAAAGAAGGACAUGUCGUGCCGAAAGGUGUUCCCGGGCAUAAUGGAAAAUGGCCGGAGUACAUCGCACCGAAAGACGGCGACUCGAGGUCUGCUUGUCCGAUGAUCAACGCCAUGGCAAACCAUGGCAUACUACCGAGAGAUGGCAAGAACAUCACCUUCAAAGAGCUCAACAAGACCGUGCGACAAACCUUCAACUUCGCCGACUCGUUCUGCUUCUUUGUCCCAAAAUUUGCUGCCGACUUCUUGAACAAGUCUUACUCGAAGGACACCUUCGAUCUUGCCGAGCUGAGCCUUCAUGCCCCAAAUGCCAUCGAACACGAUGCCAGCCUCACCAGGCACGAUGCGGCGUUGCAGCCAGAUCAAUCGAAACCGGACCUUCAGCUGGUGGACGAGCUGUUGAAGGAGGCGACGCAGAAGACCACAACGGGUGCACCUCAGAUGACGAAAACCGAUCUGUCGAGAGCCCUUUCCAAGAGAAGAGCAGAAGCCAGGAGCACAAACAAAGACUACACAGAAUCCAAGUUCCACAACCUGUUCGGGAGUGCCAACUCCGCAACCAUGUUGACAAUCUAUGGCGGCCUUGUCGAUGAUCUCCGCCCAAUGUUGACCGAAGAACGCUUCACAGAAGGCUGGGAGCCGCGAAUCCACGACCGCUUUGGACUGACAAUGGCCAAGUUCAACUUCACUGUGCUGCCGGUGGAGCACAAAAUCGACGUGAAGCCAUAUGCGAAGCAAGAGAACUAG